AUGUUAGAACAGUUGACCCCAAGUAAAGCUGAAAAAUAUGGUCUUAAAACACUAGAUUUGUUUGCAACCACGAACCCCUCUGAGUCUGAACUUGAGAUAACAGAAUCUGAAACCAGUAAUAUUUCAAAAAUAGAAAAUGCUUUCAAAAAUCUGGAAGUCCAAGUUGAACCCAAAAUCAAAAGAUUAGAUAGACACAUAAGCCCCACUAGCUUAACCAAAAAUUGGUAUCCGAGACCAACUCCUCCAGAUAUCCAGUUUGAAGAAAGAAACUUCCAAACCCAAUUUUCAGUUUCUUCUGAUAAAUUGUACGAAUGGAAUAUUGAUGGUCUGUCUGAGCAAGAAAUCUUUAAUAAGUUACAACAUAUGUCCAUGGUUGCCAACAGUUACAUCACCAAUCACAGUUUCAGACAAUCUGAGAUUGUACCCCUGUUAGUUACUGGGUUUACCGGUACUCUCAGGUAUUGGUGGGAUAAGCACUUAACCCCUGAGUCCAAAAAUCUGAUUAUUCAUGCUGUAAAACUUAAUGAAGAUGGUCUCCCUAUAUUCGACGAACAAAUAGGUCAAGGUAUAGAAGACGAAGUCAACACUUUGUUUUACACAAUAAUUGAGCAUUUCAUUGGAACCCCUAGUAAUACUACUACCAAGAUCCAUGACCAGCUUAGUAAUCUUAGAUGCCCUAAGUUGUCUGAUUUCAGAUGGUAUAAAGAUGUCUUCAUCUCUCGAGUAAUGAACAAGGCCAUAUAG